UUUUUUUUAUAAUUAAUAGUGGUAUUUAUACAACUAUUACAGUUUAAAACGUGUCAAAAGUGUUUUGUGUGUGUUUACAAUGAAGUGGUUGAGUUCUGUUAUCAUUUUAUUGGCUAUAGGUCAUGUAUUAGCGGGGCAUUAUUCAUUUGAAUUCGGCCAAAACUAUGGGAACGUGAUAUAUCGAUACGACGGCACUAUUCCAUUUAUCCAAAAAGUGACAAAACACGCUAUCCCCGUGCCCGCUGGAGUAGAUAUUACUUACGUAUUGGUGACCGUUGAUGCCAUUUCCCCGCCAAAAGUUGAUUUUUUGCCCGAUACCAAUGAAGUUUCUAUUACCUUUAGUUGGACACAGUUAAGUAUUUCUUCUUACUCUAUACUUGUUAAAGGCAUUUGACAAAAUGUAUGAUAUCGAAGUUUUAGAAAAUAAAAUUUAAUCAUUAUGUUUA